AUGUGCGUUCGAGAGUUUCACUCGUGCUUUCCUACUUUUCCCCAAGUUGCAAAUACGCCUACAUUCAAAUAUGAGAUCGAUGCCAAGGCGGAUGCGGUAAUCGACUUCAAAACCCCAAGUCCUAGCUUUUUCAUUACAACGCUUGACCAGGGACUUGCUUCUGAAGACACUGACCAGACAAUCUCUGUCAACGUUGCUAUUGUCUCUGACAAUGAAAGCAAAUCAAUUCUCAACGACACCAAGGAAGACGAAAUUUGGUGCUAUGUUUUCUGGCCCCGCCUGUUAUCAGAAUCAUUCACAAUGAGCGUAACUACGCUGCAAGAGCCAGGCUGUACGGGGUGUGAACGAGGCCGGACGCUACUUGGCGCACGGAAUCCCAGAGGAAAGUUGCAGGAUCGAGAAGAGACUUCCACAAUGCGAGUAGCUCCAGAGCUCCAGCAAUUGCUAGCGGCAAAAUGA